AUGGCAGUUUCUACCAACUCCUGCAUCUUGGUUUGUCUGCUCACCCUCACGGUGCUACAGCUGCCCACGCUGGAUUCGGCAGCUCCCUUCGAAGUGACUGCACCUCAGGAGCCAGUGCUGGCCGUAGUGGGCUCAGAUGCCGAGCUGACCUGUCGCUUUUCCCCAAACGCGAGCUCAAAGCACAUGGAGCUGCUGUGGUUUCGACAGACGAGGUCCCCAGCGGUACUUCUAUACCGGGCUGGCCAGGAGCAGGAGGGCCAGCAGAUGACGGAGUACCGCGGGAGGGCGACGCUGGUGACAACCGGGCUCCUAGACGGUCGCGCUACUCUGCAGAUCCGAGGGGUCAGGGUCUCAGAUCAAGGGGAGUACCGGUGCUUUUUCAAAGACAACGACGACUCCGAAGAGGCCGCUGUGCAUCUCGAAGUGGCUGCUGUGGGCUCAGAACCUCACAUCAGUAUGAAGGUUCAAGAGAGUGGAGACAUGGAGCUGGAGUGCACUUCCUCUGGAUGGUACCCAGAGCCUCAGGUGCAGUGGAGAACAGCCAGUGGAGAGAUGCUACCAUCCACAUCAGAGUCCAGGAAUCCUGAUGAGGAAGGCCUGUUCACUGUGGCAGCUUCAAUGAUAAUCAGAGACAGCUCCAUAAAGAAUGUGUCCUGCUGCAUCCAGAAUAACCUCCUUGGCGAGGGGAAGGAAAUAGAGAUCUCCUUAUCAGCUUCCUUCAUGCCAAGGCUGACUCCCUGGAUAGUAGCUGUGGCUAUCAUCUUACUGGCCUUAGGAUUUCUCACCAUUGGGUCCAUAUUUUUCACUUGGAAACUAUACAAGGAAAGAUCCAGUCUGCGGAAGAAGGAAUUUGGUUCUAAAGAGAGACUUCUGGAAGAACUCAGAUGCAAAAAGACUGCACUGCAUGAAGUUGACGUGACUCUGGAUCCAGACACAGCCCACCCCCACCUCUUCCUGUAUGAAGAUUCAAAGUCGGUUCGAUUGGAAGAUUCACGUCAGAUCCUGCCUGAUAGACCAGAGAGAUUUGACUCCUGGCCUUGUGUGUUGGGUCGUGAGACAUUUACUUCAGGAAGUCAUUACUGGGAGGUGGAGGUCGGAGAUAGAACCGACUGGGCCAUUGGUGUGUGUAGGGAGAAUGUGGUGAAAAAAGGGUUUGACCCCAUGACUCCUGAUAAUGGGUUCUGGGCUGUGGAGUUAUAUGGAAAUGGGUACUGGGCCCUCACCCCACUCCGGACCCCUCUCCGGUUAGCAGCACCCCCUCGCAGAGUUGGGGUUUUUCUGGACUAUGAAUCAGGAGACAUUUCCUUCUACAACAUGAGUGACGGAUCUCUUAUCUACACCUUCCCUAGCAUCUCUUUCUCUGGCCCCCUUCGUCCCUUCUUUUGUCUGUGGUCCUGUGGUAAAAAGCCCCUGACCGUCUGUCCUACUGCCAAUGGGCCUGAGAAAAUCACAGUCAUUGCUAAUGUUCAGGACAGCAUUCCCUUGUGCCCACUGGGGGAAAGCUCUGCUUCAGGAGACGGAGACAGUCUCCAUUCUAAACUGGUAUCUUUCUCACCGAGCCAAGGAGCACUCUAA